AUGGAAGAUAAAACAAAUCUGCAUCCUACAAGCACGAGCCGAAGCGAACCUGCCGACAGCGAGAAGCGACCCCAAGAGAAGCUGCAUAAAUCGGAGGAGACCGGUCCGAGUCGCACCACCGCCGCCAAUCCCAACGCUCGAUUCGAAUUGAUCAACAUCAAGAAAGAUGAGGGGAACUUCCUGUUUAGGGAGAAAAAGUACGCGGCGGCCCUCGAACGAUACAUCGAGGCGAUGCUCGAGCUCAAGGUCUACCGACGAGUCUGGCGAGAAAAUCGCUUGCGCAAGAUGGCCGCCGGCCAAGAUGGCGCGCCCUCCACGUGCAGCCUCCAGACCGAGCACGUUCCGACGAGCAAGGUGCUCGGGAAGCGGAACUGCAACGGCAACGACAAGGGCAAGGAGAAGAUGGAGCUCGAAGGUGAAGAGGUCGCGACAGCGGAAGAGAAGUGCGAGAAGGAGGGCAAUGCCCCGAUGCUCGUGGAGGGAGAAGAGACGACGCAGACCUGCACCUCCUCGUCCGGCAAGUCUGCAGAGAGCACCGUAACGUUGAUCGUGUCGCCCGCGACCUGCACCACCGCGCCGCCGUCUGCGGGGGACGACACGAUGGUGGACUGGGACGGUCUGCGGCGGAAGCGGCGACGCCUCGACGAGGCCGAGUGCAAGAGCGACGCUGCGGCCGACGACAUGACGGUGGAGAUCAUCGACAAGUCGGACUACACCAUGCCCAAGGACAUGGGCUGCCAUGUCUCUUCCUCUUCCUCUUCCUCCUGUUGCUCCUCUUCCUCCUCCUCCUUUACUUCUUCGCUCGCGGUGACUGCGCCGGUGGUUCCUGAUUGGGGCAAGCAGCGGUCCUUCAAGGACCUCACCGAGUGCGAGAAGAACCUGAAGCGGCUGGAGAUCAUCAUUCGGCUCAACGUGGCCGCCUGCGGGAUUCGGCUAGGCCGCGGCCAGCAGGCCCUCGAGCAAUGCCGCAAGGUGGUCCGCAUGAACGACCUCGAGUGCUGCGAGCCGCUACUCUAUGCCAAAGCCCUCUAUCGGUAUUUCUACACCUUUCGUGGUCGGAAAGCGCAAAGCCUGAAGAUCAUGGGACAAAACAAAGAAGCCUGCGCGUGCCUGCGCCUGGCGGCCACUUUCUCCCCCGCCGAUCGCAGUAUUCGUAACGAACUGUCCGCGCUCGAACAAGCGGUGAAGAAGGGGAGCGUCGUGUGCAGGCUUCUCGAAAAGCUGCGCUGCAAGAAGCAAGACGACGCGGAAGAUGAACCGCAGACGUCUCCAGCGCCGGAAGCGCCGAAGAGUAACAAAUGUACAUUUUUCAGUGGACUCUUCGGCGGAAGCUGCUUGGCGCGGACCCCGCUUUCGCUGCUGUGCAGGAGGGAGAUCUCCAGUCGGGGGCUCACACCGCAGCAGAAGGCCGAUGUGGCCUGCCGACAGUUGCCCAAAGGGCCUCCGUCUCUUGUGGAUAAGUACUGCCGCCGGGCCUACGCGGGCCAGUGGAGCAGCGACGGCGAUCUGCUCUUCACCACCUGUCAGGACUGGAAGAUUCGCAUCUACACCCACGACUCGAAGACUCUCACGCGGCGAUGUAUAAUCAAUGCCAAGAAGGGGCAGUGGACGAUCACUGACGCGCUGAUGAGCAGCGACAAGACCUUCCUGCUGUACUCGUCGAUCACGCCCCUCGUGCACGUGGUGCCCCUGCCCCAGAACCUGAACGACGUGAACCCCAAAGGCGACCAUCCCGUUCUCAAUUUUGUCGGGGCACAGGGCAGCGAUUAUUCGGGCAUCUGGUGCAUGGCCCUCGCUCCCGACGACAGGGAGGUCCUGGCGGGGACGUCCGAUAGUUCGGUGUGCGUGUACGAUCUGGAGAAGAACCAGCUCGUGGAGCGCGCGGCGGCCCAUGGUGACGACGUCAAUGCCAUUUGCUACGUGGAUACCGACAACGGUGUCGGGUCCAGCGCACACCUCCUGGCUUCGGCGUCCGACGACGGCCUCAUCUACCUGUGGGACAAGCGCUGCAUGACCGAGCCCGUGGGGACCCUCUUUGGUCACACCGAAGGUCUCACAUCUUUGGCCUCAAAAGGCGAUGGGCGAUAUCUGCUGUCCAACAGCAAGGACCAGACCAUGAAGCUCUGGGACCUGCGGAGAAUGGUCGACCGCCACUCCGCCCAGCCGCCCGUGAAGAAGUACGUGUGGGACUACCGAGGCAUGAGCUACCCCGGCCAUCCCGACGUCGACAGACAUCCGUGCGACCUGUCGGUGUCCACCUUCCUGGGCCACUCCGUGUUGCGGACGCUCAUCCGUUGUAAAUUUUCUCCCCCUGCUUGGUCGGGCCAGCGAUAUGCGUGUACGGCAUCGGCGGACGGCAAGGUGUACAUAUAUGACGUGGCCUCCACGCAGCUCGUCCGCGUUUACGAUCCCACGGGAGGCAACGAAACCACCGCGAGUGCGAUUGUGCGGGACCUGUCCUGGCACCCCUACCUGCCCUAUCUUGUUACUGCGGCGUGGAACGGAACGGUGUCGCUCUUCUCCCACGAAGCCAAGCCCCCAUCGGCCGACGAAGGCGAGGAGGAGCGCAUGGUGCCGGACCGCUCGUCCUAG